AUGAUUUUGGACCAUUUGAUUUUAUCGGGUGAAGGAACGGUUGGAAUCGUAGGCGACGUGAGAUUCAAUAUUCGAGCGGCGGAUUCACUCUCGAAUCUACUGACACCAUCUCCAACGGCCUUAUCAGGGCAAGUUCGUUGCCUUGUUGUGGAGACCGCCGGAUUCUCCAUGCGCUGCGGAUCAACAAGGGUUGUGAAGAGCGCCCGAGUACCAUUGGGGUCAUUUUCAUUGUCCACACCGACGGAGAUGAGUUCGUUGACGGGAACACCAUCCAUCUUAGGCCCGGUUAUCGAAAUGGCGAUCACAUCUUUGUUGAAUCUUAAUGGAUCAUAUGCUCCUCUUAGUACCGAGGAUCCUGGAAAUUCGAGGUACGCUUGUCACUCUUUCCCGGUGAGAUGCUGA